AUGACGGCGUCGGCGGAAAUCGAAAAGCUCACUUUGACUGAAACAAUUGAUCUGCGAAAUAAAUAUGUCUCGUAAGUGCUAUUUUUAUAUAGUUUUUUUUCUCCUUCAUUUAUUUGACUCGUAUCCAAUAAUUUUUCCGUCGUUAUUAAUAAAAAAAAAAACGUCCGAUCGUCACGCGUUUCGGGUUUUGUCAGUUAUUAUUUUCGAAAUCGCCCAAACACCUGCCGGACGUUGGGGAAUCGAUUUUUUUUUUGUUUUUCGUUCAUAAAUAUUAUACGACGGGGUUUACGCGGGUAACACAAAAUUGAACAUAGGCACAUGCGUCCCGUUUUUGUAGCGUAUGGGUUGCACACGAGUUCAAAACAUUGCUGGGCGUUGUUGACGUUUGAUUUGUUAAAACAUCUAAAAUACUAUGUGUUCAUUCAACACCACCUGUGCGGGCGGGCCAACAACAAUGGUCGUAGCCGAUUUCGUUACUACUGACGGUUUGAUAUUUUUAAACCGACGUGCAGUGUACGUAUACUGCCCCCCCUCCCUCAAGGCCGUAAUUUCAUCUAGGAUUUAUUUUUGGAGGGAAUCCAGACUGAGAAUAAUCCCGUUUACGAAAUCUAUCGAAUUGUACGCGUAUAAACAAAUCGUUUCGAGACGCGGCGCGAGGGUGUUAAUUCUUUAAAUACGACCGAGCGUAAAAACGCAUGGCCGUCACUUUUGGUUUUCGUCGAAGGCUGAACACAAACGCGUUAUUAUUCCGUUUCCGAGAUAACGACGAUAAUGCACUUUUGUACUUUUACCAAUGUUAAUAUUAUUAACACAGUUAGCAUAAUAGUAUCGUGUAAUUAAUACCCGUUUUUUGAUACUGCGAUAUUAUUAUUUCGUAUUGACUAUUCAAGGCAGCGCCGAUGAUUAAUUGUAUCAAUACCUAUACUAUUUAUUUUCUUUACAAUAAUAUUCUGACGUAGAUAAACCGCCACUUGGUAAUACUCAGUAGUAGUUCAAAUAAAUCGAAUUCAUUAAUACGGGGUGUCACCGAAACGUCGAAUUGAAUUCUGGACAGACGUAUUUUCGUCGAACGACGAUAUUGUUGUUCCCGAUUUAUUUUUUAAAACUUUACAGAGUGUCCCACGAAGAUAUUGCACCCAUUGCAAUAUAUCCCGAGGUAAUAAAGAUUUUUUAUAUAUAUAUAUAUUACUCGAAGGAGUUAACUUUUUAUUUUCAUUAAAUUCGUGAUUUUGAUAAUUUUUUAAUAUUCAGAAAAAGUACAUAUAAUUACGCAACAGGCUGUAAUCGCAUUCGAUAAUAAUUGAUCAUUUUAAUUAUAGCUGUACAAUGUUUUUGCUUUGAACUUUAGACGAUUAUAUAUUGGUACUUGCUAUCUAUAUUAUCUAGUUUAUUGGUAAGAGGGAGGGGGUUAUCAUAUCCGAAAAAUUCUCGAAGUUAAAUUGGAUUUGGUCGGAUCAGUUAGGAUCCAAUGCGAAUAUUCGACUUACAACCGGCUUAACAGCAUUUGAAUUUGCAGUAUUAUUAUUUUAAUAAGGGCGCGUAGAAUUGUUCAGCUAAGCAGUGUACUGAAAAAAAAAAAUUGAAGGGGGUAUCCUUCCCCAUUAACUACAGACUAUAUUAUGUUACUAUACGUGCGUACAUCAAUAAUUAUACCUGUGUACGUGUCCUCUGCCAAAUAGGUUUGCUUAUAUGUGUAUUUUUUAGGAAAAGUUGCGAACUGUUUUAUAAGAAGAAUCCUUUGAAAAUCGUUCGCGGCCGAGGCCAGUAUUUGUACGAUCACGAAGGACGAGAAUAUUUGGAUUGCAUCAAUAACGUAUCCCACGGUAUGACACUGAUGAGAGGACGCAACACUAUAGCAUUUUAAUACUUUAUUAUUAAUUAUCAUAACUACUUAUAUUAUUCGUUGACUGUGCACAAGAAUAUUAAAUGUAGUUGUACACGUGACACGCGACUCGAAAUUUUUACUUUUUCAGGUUUCGAAUACCGAUUUCGUACCGGUUAUUAUAGUGGGAAUUAUAGGUGCCGACCGAGAUAAUAUUUUCAUAUUUGGAACAGUGAGACACUAUCUAUAACAUAACAGACGGUAUGUUACCCAUUAUAUAGUGGGAUAUCAAUCGGUAAAUCGCCUUGGAACACGAUUCUACUUAAAAGCAUACGUUUAAAAUAUAAACUUGUAUCGUUUUUAAGGUUGAGUCAGAAAAAUUCACGUGUUUUUUGAUAUUUUGUUUUUUUAUGGAAUCGUGUCAGUGUCACUACAUAGUAUAUUCUCGUGCACAAGCGUCUUGUUUUACACGCUGCAAUACGCGCGGAAAACUCACAAACCGCAUGGCCAUUCCGAAUUUAGACGGGAGAGUUUUGUUGUAUCCCUUAUGGAAAAUCACGAAUAGAUUUACUCAUUGCAAUGGUAUAUAGGCAAAAAUAACAGAAGUGCAAAUCGUUUUGAAGUUUUUCUCGGGGUUAUCGGCCACUGUAUAGGACUAUUCCGUUGCACACCCUAUCUUUCACCCUGUAACUGCUCUAUACUUUCCAGUCUGAACCUUCGUUUAGAGAUUUUCCUGAAAACCGACAGUUUACUCGUGAAAAUACGCUCAUCAAAAUUUGUUUCAAAAUAAUUUGAAAAAACAAAUUUCGCAUCGAAGCAUUUGCGCUUUUUUCAUCUAAAACGAAUUUCUGACAGUAUUGGUAAAAAAUGAAUUUUAUAAUAUUAUUAGGACAAAGGUAGUGACGGAGAAUAAAUUGCAUGACGAAUCCGUAAGUUUUCUACGCAAUAGCGCGCAAGUCGUAAAUAACAAAGAAUAUAAUAAAUAGUGGAUGUAUAUAAAUAUUCGCAUGUGUUGCGUCCUCCUAACAUAACGAAUAUUAGGUAAAUAGUAGACAAAUAUAAUGUAAGAAUAAUUGUUCUAAAAUUGUCUUCGGUCCAAUAACAAUUUUUAUUUUAUACACGCCUGCAAACUAGUUUUUUUAUUUUAUUUUUAUUAGUAGCGUAUUUUUAGUUCCGUGUUUUUUUUUUCGAGUUACCUUGAGUCAUUUUUUGCAACGAAACGACAAUAUUUCGAAAAUAUGUUUGCAUUCGAUUAUUAUUUGACCGGUACCUACUUCUAUACUUGUUCCCCUUUUAACGCACAACUCUUAAAAAUAGGUGGGUUAGAAGAAUAUAUCAUUUGAAUAACAUUUAAAGAAUAUCAUGAUUUUCGUAAAAAUAUAUUAAUUUAUAACGUGAAAAAAAUAAAACAUUUUGUUAUAUUACUACCUUUAUAUUAAACGAUCACAGUAGGUUUCUAUUAUAGGAUGGCGUACACACAUCAUACAGUAGCGCGUACCCAGGACUUUUCAAUUAUGGCUGAGGGGAGGGGGAAAGACAGUAAAAGUUAUACCAGCAAAAUAUAACAAAUUACCUACAUCUAAACGUCUAUAUGGAGGCUAACUGCAAGAAAAAAGUCUUAGCUUUAUAAAGCCUAUUUUGUAAAACAAGUAAUUAUGUAUUACAAUUAUUAUUAGUAAUACGUUUUUAGUAAGCUGAAUCAUAAAUUUAAAUUAUUAUUUGGUUUUUUAACGUGGCUGAUAGGAGGAGGUUUAAGUCGUUCCAUAAUCAUUUGGGAGGUCUGUACGGUUAUACAAAUCUAAAAAACAUCCUUUUCGGUCUUCCCGCAACAUGGUGUAUUCGUAUUGAAAUCCAAGCAACAUUUUAUCAUUUCAAUUUAAAAAAAAACCAAGAUUGAGCUCAUUUAGUCUAGAGGGAGCCGCUAAAGGUGUCCAAAAGUAGCAGGUAAAGGAGUUUUAUUACAUGCAGACGUAUUUUAGUGCGAUUGUUUUUAAAGAAUAUUCCACGUGAAUAACAUCGCGAAAAAACUUUUUUAGACCCAUCUACUCUACGGUUUUCAAAGCUUUCAAUAAUGAUAUUUUCCUACAUACUCAUCCGUGUGUUUUUAUCUUAUUCGCUAUCACCACGUCACUCCUAAAUGAUAAGUACCUAUUACUAUAUUCACGGACGCGCUGUUUUUUUUCCGGUAGCAGUGUCUACUGUCUGCUUAUAAAUUAUAAAAUAUACGAGUACAAUAAAGAUAUAAAUUCAAUUGACUUGUUGUAAACAAGAUAACAGUAAGAGUUUAGAGAGUUAAAGACUCGUAUGUAUAUUUUUAUUAAGUUAGUGCUAAUAUUUAAUAAAUUCACGCUUGUUAAGAUUAAUUUUUUUUGAUUAAUUAAAAACAAAAAAAAAAGUAUAUAUUUUAAUACCGGCUAUACAGUUUAAUACCUUUGUACCUACUUAGAAUUGUCUUGCUACUAAACCCGUAAUCCGAAUUUCCUGUUUAGUUUUGGUGCUGUAUUAUUAGCAGUUUGAAAUAAACUUAACGUGAACAAUAGUUAUAGCCUUAUAGAGUACCUAUCUUUUUUAUAAUAGGAAUCUUAUCGUUAGGUAAAUAUACAAAGGCUAAAAUAAAUAAGAAUUAUUGUUAUUUAACUAUGUUACCGCUUGAACAAAAAAAAAAAAAAUCUUAACACGUAAAACGCAUCGAAAUAUAUUUAGUUCAUAUUCGAUUAAUAGGGUUUUAAGUACUUCUAUUUUUUUUUAUAGUUGAUAUUAUUAUUAUAUUAUGUAUAUUACAUUAGUAAUCGGUACUGAAAUAUCUACAAUUAGCAUAUCAUUAUAUUAAUAUACACGAUAAUCGGUAUAAUAUUCGCCUUAAUUAUUAUUAUCGAACAAUAAUAUAAAUUUAUUUCGUUUAUAAUUAUUAAUUUCCAUAACCACGAUAAUACUAAUGUACCUACAUGAAAUUAUUAUCUGUACAGACACAAUAAUAUGGUAAAAAAAAAAAAAACAAAAACAAAAACAUUUGUACAUUUUACUACAGUAAAAUUUUAACAGUCGAUUAUCAUUAUUCAACUCCACUCAAAUAUUAUUAUAAUGCGUUAAAAAUUGUUUUAAUUGAUGUUUUGUAUUCGUUCAGCGCGGUCUGAAGUCAAACGACGUUAUUGGUCAAAUCCCGUUCGGCCUAUAGUAACUCGCGUUAUUUCGUGUAACUCAUUAUCAAGGAAAAUGUUUUAAAUCAUUGUUAAAUAUUACAAAAUAUAAAAAAAAAAUCCGAACGUUUAAAAUAUUAUAGUAGGCCAAGCCAUUACGAUAAUACAGUCAAUAGCAUGUCCAUAAACUGUCAAUGUGAGGAGGGGACUUAUAUAAUGAAUAAUAACGAAUAUUUAAUUAAAUAAUUAUGAAUAUUUUUCUGUACCUAACCUCAUACAUUUUCAAUCAAUCUUGGUAACUGAGCCGAAAUUCGAAAAAUAUAAAUUUCAAGAUUAAAUUACUUAAUACUGUAUACCUAGUUAGUUUUGUUGUAUUUUGAAGCCAAUAACUCACCCCCCCACCACCUGGCUUUAACCUCCUUCUAAUGAUGUGCAGUGCCAUUGUCCCGUUUAUUGGGCUAUCGUAAGAUUAACUAUACCUACAUAAGAACCUGCAAUGUUGGGCUUAAUUAAGAUUCGAGAAAACAAAUUUCCUGUACACAAUUUUCUGUAAAACCGAAAUACAAACGAUGUUUUAUAAUGCGUACCCAGUACUUGUAUUGAAAAAAAAAAAAAUACAUAAUUGUUCAAAAAUAUUUAAUUAGCUUACGCAACAACGGGCGGAUUUAUCCUCGUGUUAUUCAUGUUACUUAUAGUAUUUAUUGCACCAUCGAUUAUGAUAAAAUCAAUAAUUAUAUCAAAUAUGAUUGUUCUUAGUAUCUAUAGUAAUUAUACCUAAGGCAUAUUUGUAUGUACAAAUAUAAUACAUAACACUAUUAUAAAAAAACAACCUAAAUUAAUAUACGAUAAUAUUAUGAUAAAUUGAAAUGUAGUCUCGUUUGGUAAACUGUUCGUACCUACUAUUAUUAUAAUAAUAUAAUACAUUAGGUAAGUAUUAUUUCUGUAUUAUUUACUCCUCCCUUUGUUGGGUUACCGAGGACGUCUUGUUAAGGUUAGUUGGACUCGCGGCUGAUUUACACGCGUAAACUUUGCGGGAAGAAGGUGAUUAUUGAGUUUAAUUUUAAAUAACGUACGUCACAAUUAUUAUUUUUGAUGCGUAGGUAUAUCAUAUAGAUUUUUAAUAUUUUGGAUUCUAAGCAACGUUUAGCUUUACAAUGUUAUGUUGUUUUUUUUAACACUUUUUGAGAUUGUCUAUAUUUUGUACUCUAUGCGAGGCAUUGCUGUUUAUCGCUUUUUCAAUGAGUUUCAUCGACAUAAAUUUCCGGUGAAAAUAUAAAUUUAUAAUUUAUAUUAUAGGUAUUGAGAAUAAAAAUGUGAAUCGAUUAUGUCCGCCUGGUAUUUUCUUUGGUAUAUAAAAAUAAUAUCUAGCAGAGGAACCAUUUAAUGAGUAUUUCGGUUUGAUAACUCACUUAGAUUCUGCGAGAAAAACAAACGUUUGAUAAAUCUAGAUAAACAUAUUUUAGGUAUGCAGGUAUGUCAUUAAAUAUCGGCACACUCGACAGGUUCGAAAUCUAAAUUAUUUUCUUUCCACUUUACAGAUAGCUGCAACAAUAAAUACUAUAAUCAAUAUUAUAUUACCAAUAGUAGAUAUUAACAUAUUAACUUUUGUACCUACCCACUGGAGUAUGUGCCAGCCUACAUUUAUUUGAACAGUUUUUUUUAUUCGUGUGAUUUCUGUAGUUGCCCAAUGUACUUGUUGAUAUAUUUUUAUCACAUACAGUUGUGUAAACAUAAUAUUAUCUUUACGUAUACGACAAUAUUUUAUACUCGCAUGCAAUAUUGUAGGCAUAAUAAUUUUCAAAAUUAAUUACUAGGGGUCGGCCUAUAUCAUUUUUUACCGAAAAUCAUGAAUUGAUAUUAAUAUUAACUAAUAUAUCGCUGGAAAAUGCAAUUUUUUUCGUAUUUCAAAAAUAUUAGGUGUCUAGGCCCACCCCUAAAUAAUUAUUAAAUGAUUGAUUGAGAUUGAUUUUCGGGGAAAUCGGCGAAAUUCCCAAUAAGGAAAUUUGUCGAUUGGUUUUUUCUGAAUUUAUUUAGCUCGAUAUCCGAUACUCGAUUAUUUUGCGAAAAAUCAAAAUGAUCGUCAGUACGAGGCAUAUAUUAUGUAUAGUACAUUCCCGGAUCGUCGCUGGAAAUAUUAUAUACAUUUACUUGUUUAAACUGUUAAUUUGUAUAAAUUCAAAGAAUCUUAAAAAUUAAAAAAAAGUGGUCGGGUUGGUUGUAUAAUUCGUUAUCUACGUUUCUAAACGAAUUUUCACGUAAGCAAAUAACUAUUCUCGCGAUAAAACAUCGCGAAAUAUGCACUAUAUCGGCGGUAUUUAUUAAAACAUAUGUUUUUUAAACACAACAAAUGAAAUUAUAAAAAAGUAAAUGAAAAAAAAAAAAAAAAGGAAAAAUUAGAUUUUUAACGAUUAAUACUUUGCCGUGUUUGGGACAGUUGGUCAUUGUCAUCCGGACGUGGUGAAUGCGGGCGUCGAGCAAAUGCACCAGUUGAACACAAACAGCCGGUUUUUACAUGACAAUUUGGUGGUGUGCGCUGAAAAGAUCGUGUCGAAAAUGCCGGAAUCGCUGUCCGUCUGCUUCUUCGUCAAUUCCGGUUCGGAAGCCAACGAUUUGGCCCUAAGACUGGCCCGGCAACACACUGGAAACACCGACAUCGUCACUCUCGACCAGUGAGUAUAUUAUAUUAAAUUAACAUCACCAAUAAAACGCACUUUUCCAUUUUCCUAAAGAAUCUUAAAUUUAAUAAAUCGAUUCAUCAAAUAACUGAAAAAGACGUUCUAGGACGAUAAUGGGGACGGGUGCAGCCAACGUUAUAGAUAAUUUAAUGUAUAUCUGUACGCAAAGAUAAACCAUUGCUUACGAAAAAAACGAUUCUGAACGGAUUUCAGUUGAUAGAGAUGCUUUAUCAACAAUAUAUAUGUCAUUUUGUAGCAUAAUAAUUAAAUAUGUGUUAUAUAUUUUCUUUAAUAAUAUUUGUUUAAUGUUGUACCAAUUUUUCCAGUUUUCCUAUGUUUUAUCUCGGUUUUUCAUAUUUGCUGGAAAAACUCCUGAGAAAAUCCAAAAGUGACAUCUUUAGAGUACUUCCCUAGUGAAAUUUCCUUUUAGAAACAUUGCUAUCAUUAUAAAUUGGAGUAAAAUUGUUGGUAGAAAAGUUGUGCAUAAAAAAAAGGCCGUAAUAAAUUUUAACUAAUUCCUACAUUUUCCCGUUUUUUUUUUUUUAAAUUCGAAACCGGUUGUAUAAUACUCUUAUCAUAAUACUCCAAGUGACGCAUUUAUUUAUUUAUUUUAUGUUUAUAUAUACAUUUUUUAUUUACAUAUUUAUUUACUUUAUUUAAAUAAAAUUCGCACAUUUUCCAUUUUUUUUCGAUUUUUCGCAUUUGAUGAGAAAACUAUUGAGAAAAUCGAAAAAUGAUUUCUUAAAGGUACCUUUCCACACCAAUUUCCUUUCAGAAAAGUUACUACACUUAAAAAUCGGAGCAAGUCUUCUUGUAGAAAAAUUGUCCGCUGAAAAAAAAACAUCUUUGUAAAACCAUAAGCUUCUUCGCUCCACUCAGAAUAUAAAAUGUAUAUCAAUUUCUAUUUUUCACCAGAUUUUAAAAAUUUUUCUAUGCCAGUCAUGUAGUAAGUUCUCGUUUUAGAUUUGACCGUGAACAAUUAAUAUUAAUUGUGUUAAUAAUUCGUAUAGUAUUUAGUUUUCAGUAUGUGUACCUAAAUAUAAAAUUAUUUUUUAUUUUUAAGACCAGCAUGAGGUGAAAUGACGUCUUAGGCUUGCAGUAAUUUAACAUGCGCCCCGUUUUAGAAAAUGUGUGGAUGCAGAUUGUUUAUUACCAAAAAAAAAUUUAAAAAAAAAAACACUUAAGAGCAGCAGUGGUCUGUCACUGGAGUUAAAUUUUACCCUAGUUAAAGUGACGCCGUUUCAAUAUUGUGUAUUUUUAAUUUGUAUAAUUGAUCUAAAUGAUAUCUAUAUUUUAAUUAUAAUCUAAAUGAUCUACCAUGAUUGUCAGAGUUUUAAUCAAUUUUAGUCUGUGGGGGUAUGUUUAAAAUUCUGCAUUCCAAGUGAAAAAGUGUAAUUUAAGCAUACAAAUGAUAAUUGUGGUGGCGGUUGAAAGUUAAAACUUUUAAAAAACAUAUUUUUGAUACUUACACCUCAAACCUGGCUUAAUUUGGAGGGUUAAUAGGAAUAUAUGGGUACAAAAUCGCGAAUCUGUAUAUUUUAUGUUAAGUUUUAUUGAGGGGUGGGUUUCAUUUUCCCCUGCAAUAUCUGCCUAUGGACGGUGAAAAUUUAUCAGUGACAAAAAUAAAUCAUUAUGAUACUAUAGUGGACAUUUUCAAAUGUUUACAUAUUCGCAGCUGCAAUUGUAGCUAAUACAUUAUUUUAACAAAAUCACUAGGUAUGUAAAUCACUUUUUUAUAUUAUAUCAUCAGCCAAUUUAAAUAAUGAACCAAUCGAUACUAUAGCCAAACAAUUAUUACAGUUCUACGUUGAUACAGAUAAAAGAACCACGUAGGUACAUCAUAAGUAAUAAAAUAUUACGUCCUUGUAUUAUUAAUCAUUUUUAUAGGAUUUUACCGCCUCCAAGGGAAUUUGCUACCUACGUAGGUAACGGUAUUUUGAUACGAUGCGCUUAUUGUUAUUGUUUAGGUAUUUAUUGUUUCGUAUAGGCAGGCACCUAGUAAUUUUAAUAACGUAAACGUUAUUAUUACGAUGACGUUCAAUGUACGCUUUACCUAUUAUCGGCAGAUAUAACAUAAUGUAAAAUAUAAUUCUUCGAGUUUUAAAUGCGAAAGGUUCAAUUAUUGUAUAAUUAUAUUCACUCGCCGUGUAGCAUAGCAAAAUGUUAAUUAUUAUGGAAAUUAGAACAAAACAGUAAUGAUAAUAUAUUGCUAACGGGUAUACAUCUGUUGUACACUGUGGUUGGAAAGUUAAGAAGAUAUAGGAUACAUAGUCAAUUUAUUUUAUUUAAUCUGUACGCGACGAUGAAUCAAAUUUUGCUUACAAAAUACGAUUCUGAGUUCUUAUGGUUUGAAACUAUGUAAUUUUUACGGUUUUCUUCGAAUUUUGAACUUAAAACAUUUUUCAACGAAAAACAUUACUAUAUUAAGGCUAACAUUAUUUGUGUUUUCAUUAAAUACAAUUAAUAAUACUGAACUUCGUAUUAAAUUUCAAAGUAUUUUUGUUCGACUAGUCAUUUUAUUCACAUAAAAAAAAAUAUAAACUAAAAUAUAAUUUUAAAAAAAUGGUAAAUACUUACAAAUAGUUUAAAAAUACACAGAAUGUUAUGAAAAUAUUAUCACGUCUAGAAAAGGCUAAUAUAAGUAUUCAGACAAUUAUAAUUUAUAGGAUUCUAAUAUUAUUUUUAACGGAAUUAUAACGUAAAAAUAAAAUAGUUAUGAUGCCAUAAAUUUCAAAGUUUAUUCCCAUAAUUUUUCCUAGUUUUUCCAAAUUAUUUUGGAAAUCUCUCGGAAAAUCAUAAAAUGAUAUCUUUAAUGCACCACCUAGAUCCAAAAUGUUAUAAAAAAAGAUUCUGGGCCUUUUUUGAUUGGAGCAAGAUUUUAGGUAGAAUAAUUAUUUACAAACAGACAAAAAAACACACUAAUGAAUAGUAAAACCAGGGCGUUGCUCGUUACUACACAAAUAUGCAAAAUACGCACGAGACAAAACCACACACAGAUUUUAUAAUAUUGGAUACUCUACUACUGCAUAAAAAUGUAGACGAUUAUCGUCGCUUAUCGAUAAAUAAAUAUAUUAUGUAUUGUUGCACGAUAUUAUUAAGCUUUAUCUGUAAACGAUUGUAUUCAGUAUCUACAGUGUACCAAUUUGUGUUGAGUUUUCAGUUGGCUUUCAGUUUUCGGACCAUCGCGUCGUACAUCACACGUGACAUUUAAAAUAAAAUAAAUAUGUUUAAACUAAAUAAAGACGGACUGAGUACUGACUAUGAUAUGACUAUGAGUAUGUUAAAAAAAACAAGUUUAAAUUUUAAACCAAUAUGGUACCUAUAUUAUAUUAUUCAUAUUUAUAUUACUUCAUUUUCAUAACUAUUAUUUUAUUGCUACAAAAUAUUUCAAAUUAUUUUUAAUUAUAUCGUUGUAACAUACACAUUUUUUUUUUUGGAUUGUGUAUUUUGAUUUUACGGAAUUUGAGUUUAAUACAGAAUUUUCAAUUUGUAUUGGUUUUAAUAAAUGUGUGCGGUAUCAUACUAUUUUUUGUAUGCGGAAUUAGCCUAUAUAUUUUUAUAAAUCUGUAUACUACUUUUGUGUGCGACAUUGAGUUAUGCAUUUUGUGCAGUAUUGGAUCGUGUUUAGUGACGGAAACCGUCGUAAAACUAAUAUGAAAUAUUUCAAUGCAAUAGUGUCUAUUAUCUUUAUUAUAUAAAGUUCGAAAAAAAAACGAUUUAGGUAGAAUUAUUUACAAAAAACACACAUAAUAAAUAUUCAAAUUAGUAGCGCCAUUUUAGAUUUUAAAUAGGUGUGUGAAAAUUUGAAGGGGGCCAAUUUAUUUUUUUACCGGGCCACUAAGUAAUAAUUUAUCUAAUUAGGUGAUUCAACCCCUCCAAAUCUAUUAAAAUUUCUCAAUUUUUUAAAUAAUUAUUCUUUUUACUUUAACCACUUUCCCCAAACUACUGACCCUAGUUAUGCUGUGUCCUUAGACCGCACAAACAAAUUUGCAUUAAGAUAUUACAUUUAUUUAAAAAUGAAACUUAUACUUACACACUGUAAGAAAAAUAAUAAAUUUAAACAUAAACGAUUGUAGCUAUGGUCUUACAGGAAAUAAUAAAUAGUUACAAAUGUUUAUUCAUUAGUUUAGAAUUGUAUUAGUUAACACAGAGCUAAACAAACUGCACGUAUUAUUUUUUAAAGCAACGGAUAUAUUCUAUUUUUUUAUUGAGCAAAUUUAUCAACAGCUUUGUCCUAAUUGAAAAGUUGAAGAAACGCAGCCCGACAAACAAUAAAAUACCAAAUCUUAUCAAAUCCAGUGGUCUAAUUUUAACUUGAAAUCAAUGGUUUAAACCGAUAUCAAUAUAUUAUUAAUAUUAGCUAUGAAGGUUGAGGUGUGAUAAUGGAUUUUAAUAAUAUCAUUAGUUUAGCUAACUUUUAUUAUAUAUACCAUAAAUAUAUAUAUAUAUAUUCCUCUCAUCUUUGUUUCAACUUGUAAUUUUUUUACAAUUCUUCUUUAGCAUGUAAUAAUCAACUGGUUGUAUUACAAUUUAACUUUAUUAUUUUAUGUAAAAUUCUUUGAUUUAAAGAGCCAACUUCUAAUUGACAAGACCAAUUUCGUGUAAUCCGACCAAUAUUAAAGUACGGGAAAAAACAGGGUUCCUAUAAGACACGCUGCACUCCCCCCCCCCAAAUGGGUUCCCCGAGUAAAACACACGUGAGAGUUUAUUGGAGCCGUUCUCUGUUUAUCUGUAAUGUUUCGGCUGAACACCAAGAGAUUACUCCCGUGAUACCUAUACCCUAUUUCAAAAGAGAACAUACAGCUUUCGCGACCAAUUUUCGUUCAGCCGCGUUCAUCUCCAUCAGAUAGAACCGGUUACGACCAUAGAUAUGUUAAGAAACAUAAUUUCUCAGGUUAGGUUAGGUAAGAAACAUUAUUUCUUGGGCGUCAGUCGUUUUUCCCAAAAAACUUGAUUUUCGUUUCCACCAAUUAUCAUUUUCGUCUUAACGAAAAAAGCCCGAUUUUCGUUUCCGCCAAAUAUGUUUACUUAUAUUAUUGAGAUGAAGUUUGAGAACCUCUAGUCUAUAUACUGUGUUAUCGAUUAUCGAUGUAUGUUGAGACAAUUGAUUUUACACGUGGUAAUCCCUAUUAAUUAUAAAUCGAUCGAUAGAUUUUCGAAUCGCAUUUUUGACUAGCCAAAUAAUUAUAUCCACGGGUACCUAUCGAUUAGAAAUUGUAUAAAAAAUUCGCAAAAUCAUAUUGUCUAUAAAUAGCCCAAAAAUUGCUCAAAUAUUUUGAAAAUUGUAUCACGUCUAGAAAAGUCUAAUUUAAAUUUUCAGUCAACAUUUCAAGUUUCUACUAAUAUUUUUAACUGAUUUACAACAAAAAAACAAAAUUGAUAAUAAUAAAAGUAUUGUUUUCAUAAAUGUUUUCCGGUCUUUCUACGUUUUAGAUUCUAAGUGUAGCAAAGAAUGUAUUAGUUUUACAAAGAUGUACACUUUAUUUUUUAUUUUUUUAUACUCGUAUGAAAAUUCUACCAGAAAGCUUACUCCAAUGUAUACGAUGUAGGUAGAUCCUUUUCUGAAAAGAAAUUUUCUGAGGGUGGUACUUUAGGGAAGUCAUUUUUCGAUUUUCCAAAUAGUAUUCUUAACAAAUGUGAAAAACCGAAAAAAAAAAACGUGAAAAUAGGUACAAUAUUAAACAAAUAUUGUUAAACUUCUAACCUACAACAGUGACUGCACCCAUGCACGUGUGAAGUAUAUUCGUCUUUAUUUUUGAUUUUGCUCAAUUAUUUAAAAAAUUAUACAGAAAAUCAUGAAAUAUUUUUUAUUCUCAUCAACUAUACUAAAAAUUCAAAAAUUCCAAACUUCAAAAAAUUAAAUCUUUAUACGCUACGGUGCGUCAUAAAUAUUUGUCGAUUUCCAUUUUAAAUAUAAUUUUGUUUCCGGGUUUUCCCAAUUAUUUUAAAAACCCCUUGGAAAAUCAAAAAUGACCUUGUUACGUUCUGAAUCUAAAAAAAAAAACAAAAAUCUUAAUAAAACAAGAAUUUAAGAUAAAAAUGUAAGAUCAAAAAUAUUAAUUUGGGUAUACUAUUUUUAAAAUUGUAUCUAUUUGAAUAAUGUUAAUUGAUACUUUGCUACGAACUGACCAAAUGAAUUCACAUUUUCAGUAAUCUCUAAAAGAAUCGUAGACAUUUUUUGAACAUUGAACAUAUUAUAAGUACAUAUUAAAUACCUACAUACAAAUUUUUACCACUAAAAUUAUUUGUCUAAAAAUCAGCUUUAAAAAAUAUAUAAAUUAACAAAAUGUAUUAUAUAUUUAAUAAUAUUAUUAUUACUAAUAUAUUUCAGCGCCUACCACGGUCAUUUGAUUUCACUUAUCGACAUUUCACCGUACAAAUUUAAUUUACCCGGUGCGCCAAAAAAGCCGGAUCAUGUACACGUGGUAUGUAAUAUUAUACUACGUUAUUGUUUUUUAGGUAUAUAAAAAUCAUCGUUUUGUGUAUCAUUAUGAUUGUUCAUUUUUUUUAUAAAAGUUGUUUUUUUAUUUUGUAUAGGCUCCAGUUCCAGAUGUGUACAGGGGUAAACUGAGGACGGACGAUUAUCCCGAGGAGGAUAUGGGAAAAUUAUACGCUUUGGAAGUAAAACGAAUAAUCGACGAAAAUGUGAUCGGGCAACGAGGUCAAAAAGUUUGCGCUUACAUUGCGGAAAGUCUACAAAGUUGUGGAGGGCAGAUUAUCUUACCUCAUAAUUAUUUACGAGACGUAUAUAAGUAAGUAUUUUCAAUAAAUCGAAAAGAAAUAAUGAUAUUUUACUAAUAUUAUGGUCAAUCGUAUUCUAUAUAGUGUGUAAUCGGUAAUUGAAAAUAGUAUUCGCAACUGAAUUUAUUGCUAUUCUUCAAAAUUCAGAUUCGUUAUUUUUCAAUCGGAAUUGUUUUUAUCGUAUUUUUUCAUGAUUUUCAGUUGUUGAACAAACUUUUUAAGUACAAAAUUAAUUGAUUUAUAAUAAUUUAAAGUUAUUCGAUGUUGAUAAUGAAACACAAAUACCGCUUACGUUUCUGUUCCAAUUCUAAAAAGCAUAUUAUUAUUGUAAAAACCAAUAUUCUAUUGAUUCUUUAUGGAUUUUUCAAAUUAAACAACUCAAUAAACCAACGCGGCUUAAUCCUUGAUCUGGUAUUCACAAACUCUAAAUUUAUAUCUAUUGAGUUCGCACCCGAGUAUGCUGUUCUUUUUCAAAGCCAAUCGCCCAAGUAUAAUAAGCUACUUCCUAAAUUCGUAUAACUGGGAACAAACAUUCUUAUCACUUCGUACAGACCACACAAUGAAAUAUUUCCUGGAUGCUAUUCAUUCAUAAAUUCCCCUAUGUCCCCAAAGUAUAUAAACAUCGGAAAUAACAACAAUAAUAUGAUUUGGUCUUUUAUAGGUAUGUAAGAGAAGCCGGAGGUUUGUGUAUUGCGGAUGAAGUGCAAGUAGGUUUUGGUCGAUCAGGUACACACUAUUGGGCUUUUGAACUGGACGGAUCGGACAUAGUUCCGGAUAUCGUGACCAUCGGAAAACCCAUGGGUAAUGGUCAUCCGAUUGCUGCCGUCAUUACGACUGAAGCCGUGGCUCGAAGUUUCGAAGCUACUGGCAUUCAAUACUUUAACACGGUAAGCGCCGCUUAAAUUGUGUUAUUAUUAUUUUACGGUUUUUUCGUGAGAUUAUAAGAACGAAUUUAAUAUAAUACGUAUAGCAGGAAAAAACAAGAAAAACUACAAGUAGUUACACGAAGGCAUGUCAAGAGAAACGAAUAUUUAUUUUCGGGGUCGUCGAUAAAAUAUGAAUUGUUCAUUGUAAAUAUCUUUUAAAUAACAUAAAACAAUUUUUCUUUAUAGUAUGGUGGUAAUCCUGUGUCCUGUGCCAUUGCAAAUGCCGUGAUCGACGUUUUGGAUAAAGAAAAAAUGAUGGACAACGCUAAAAACGUGGGCGAGUACCUACUGUCCGAAUUGAAAAAUAUGCAAAAUAAGUUUCCCGACGUGAUCGGCGACGUUCGAGGCGUUGGAUUUUUUGUGGGCAUAGAAUUGAUAAAAAAUCCGAAAUCGAAAACGCCGGCUACCGAAGAAACCCGAGAAGUCGUCAACAGGUAAUAAUAUUUUUGUAUAUAGCAAUUCAUGAGACAGCGAUUUUCUAUACGAAGAUUUUGAUUAACUUAAUUUUGGUUUUUUCAAUUAUUAAUAAUUUAUUAUAUAUUUACCUACAUUUUACCCUUAUUCUAUGUACCAAAAAUACAUAUCGAAUUUUGAUUUUUAAAUAGUAACUUACAUUAAGGGAAUCCAAAACAAACGUUUUUUUGACUAAAACAUACCAAACUUAAUUAAUCAUACUAGCCGGCUAAUCUAGUGAUGUGACAAGACUUUAAAAAAAAAAAAAACUGAUUUGAAUUUAGCGAUGAGAUUGAUUUUAGACCACAUUUUUAGAUUCCAGCCUGUAAUUUUUUCAAUCUUGGUUUAAAAUUUUUAAUAUCUGAAUAUUAUAUUGUUGAUUAUAUGGAAUUUAAGAUUUAAGAUCUGAAAAAAAUGGCAUGGCCGAUCUCAAGGAGAUAUAAUUAGGAAUUCGAUUUUUAACAGUCUUAUCACAUCACUAUAGACACAUUAAGUUGUGUUAAUGUGGGUGGUCUUACGGAGGUACUACUGACACUAACGUUAAUUUAUUACACUCACGGGCUAUACAAAUCGCCAUGAAAUAGCCUCUAUUUAAUUCCAUUUCGUUCAAAAUACGAGAUGUGGCUAUUAAACAACGAGACUGCUCGCUUAGAGGACGCCUUAGAUGGGUAGUAAAAAAAACGAGUAAUGCGUUGGGUAUCUAGAUAUCUUGCAUAGAUAAGAUAUCCAUGCACGUACCAAAACACGUUUUCGUCACUAUUAUAGUAUUUGUACAGUAGUGGUUUGAAACGAACGUGUUUUUUUUCUCGUGCCGAAAACCAUGUGUGACGAAAAACAUGAGCAACGGAUAAACGUAAAAUUUUCUUGUUAAACUAAAAAAAACUCCAACUGAGUGCUAUAAGUUGUUAAAAGAGGCCUAUAGUGAGGAUUUCUUAUCUCGGGCGCGUGUUUUUGAGUGCAUAAAUUAUUUUCUGAAGGUCGAGAGUGCACCGGAAUCCAAUUCAGUCGUAAUACAAAUUCAAAACCGUUUUCUUCGAUAUCAACGGCAUCGUGAUGACUGAAUGGGUUCCAGAGGGUCAAACUGUGAACCAACAUUACUAUUUGACAGUUUUGGCAACAUUGCGCGAAUGAGUUUGUAAGAAACGGUCGAUAUUGUGGAAAAACAAGUCGUGGAUCUUGCACCAGGAUAAAGCGUGAAUCGUUAUUUGGCCGCUUAAGGCACUCCAGUACUCGAACACGCGUCUUACUCACCGACUUGGCACCCUGCGACUUUUAUUUGUUUCCGAAGAUAAAGUCUGCCUUAAAAGGAAUCCGGUUUGAGUCGAUGGAAGAGGUGGAACAAAAAUCGGCGGAACUCCUGAAUGGUCUUACGAAAACAGACUUCCAGCACUGCCUCGAGCAAUGGAAGAAACGAAUGAAACGGUGUGUGACGAGAGGAGGGGAGUAUAUUGAAGGGGAGUAUAUUGAAGGGGAGUAUUUGAAUGUAGAAUAACUUUUAUAAUAAAACACUUUUUCGUAACUAGUCUCGUUAUUUAAUAGCCACACCUCGUAUACACUUGGUUCGAGAUAAAAAAUUUUAAGAUGAAAUUUUGUUUUAAAAUUAAUUUGACUGACGACGAAAUCAUGACUAAAUAAACUUGGUUAUUAAUGACAUUAUUAAAUAGGUACCUAUUAAUUAUUAUAACAAUAUAAUAUAAAACGAAUGAAACAAAAUUUCAGAAUGAAAGACGAAGAGGGAAUUUUGGUAAGCUGUGAUGGACCGGACGUGAACGUUAUAAAAUUAAAGCCACCCAUGGUGUUCGAUAAAGGCAACGCCGACAAACUUUUAAAAGCUUUAAAGAAAAUGAUUUCAGAUAUCAGAACGCAACGAUAUCAGCUACUGUGA